AUGGUGUUGAUCAACGAAGAAAUUGACCCCUACGUGCAAGAGGAAAUCACUGAAGAAGAGAGCGAAGCUGAGAGCAUCGACUAUGACCAGCUGAAAAAACGCAUGUGGAAGGAUAGGAUUCUGUUACAGAAGAUGAAGGAGAAGCGUGACAAACAAGAGCCAGACAUAGAAGCAAAACAGGAGGCAUCGAGGAGGAAGAAGAUGUCAAGAGCACAAGACUCGGUUCUCAAGUACAUGGUGAAGAUCAUGGAAGUCUGCAACGCCCAAGGUUUUGUUUAUGGCAUUAUCCCAGAAAAGGGAAAGCCCGUGUCUGGUUCCUCCGACAGCUUGCGCGAGUGGUGGAAGGACCAAAUCCGCUUUGACCAAAGCGCCCCUAGUGCAAUAUCAAAGUACUUACCAAUCUUUGAAAAGGAUGAGAUGGAUAUAACGUCUUAUAUUCACCUCCUCCAGGACUUGCAAGACUCUACUUUAGGUUCUCUCUUAUCUGCUCUCCUGCAACAUUGUGUCCCUCCACAAAGAAAGUUCCCUUUGGAGAGAGGGUUAUCUCCCCCUUGGUGGCCCACUGGGGAGGAAGUUUGGUGGGGUGAGCAGGGCCUCCUUGCCCAAGAACAUGGGCCACCACCUUAUAGGAAGCCCCAUGACUUGAAAAAGGCUUGGAAAGUUACUGUUCUGGCUGCAGUUAUCAAACACAUUUCACCUGAUUUUGAUAAACUGAGAAGGUUGGUGACUCAGUCCAAGACCUUGCAAGAUAAGAUGACAGCUAAGGAUAGUGCUACUUGGUCCAAAGUCAUGAACCAAGAAGAGAUUUUACUAGCACUAACUGAUAAGUGCCUUAAAAUAUCUCCUUCAAAGGAAAAUGUUGAGAACCAUGACGAGGGAGAAGGUUCUGGUUCUGCUCAAGUAUUGAAGAGGAAGGGAUCUUUUGGUGGUGCUAGUGGGGAUGAUAAGCUAUAUGCUUGUCAAAACGUCGAGUGUCCACAAAGUGAGUUGUCUAUGGGGUUUGUGGAUAAGAACGCGAGGUUGGACCACGAAGCUUUCUGUGUCUACCACAAAGAGGACAGCCAUGUUCCAUUUCACCGUUAUCUCUCCAAUGAAGCAUCACCAAUCACGAGUAUAGAUGAUUGGAUGAAUGUGGCUAUUCAAAAUGAUGCGAAGGUGGUAGAAGCUGCUGGUGGGAGUGGGACAUUGGAAAAUGACGCAUGUUACUGGCUUAAUGGAGUUGAUAAUCUUGAAUUGCAAGCCGCACUAGAGAUGUUAGUCAGAGAUGACGGGGAUUUUGCUCAAAACCCAAUGCACGUUCUGCAGGGUCAAGAGGAUGCAACCUCAAUUUGGGACUUGCCAUGCCAUCCACCGCAAGAAUAG